AUGAGCGCCCCACGUCGUCUGUGCCGUGGCACCGGGGAGGAUGCAAGGACGAUGCAAGAUUUGGCGUUCCCACUCCCCUCCAACUUUCUUCAAUCAGCUCACACCCACAGACAUGUCGUCGCUCACACCCCACCAUCUCAGCAUGUGCACCCCCGGUCUCCACCCCCCUCCUGGCUAGUCCUCAAGCCGCAUAUACCUGAUGUCCAUCACUCUGCAGAGGGGCUCGAGCGCCCUCAGGUCAAUGUCACUCACUCCGGCUGCCCACGCCUGCCCUCAACCCACCCUGCAAGGCUGCCCCGAUUGGGCCUCGGCUCGAAAUGCCCUAGGCCGGGCUUCGGCGCUGUUGCGAGUGCGCCAGGCCUUCCGCCAUUGCGUCCGCAGAGCGUCCUUUGUCGACGCAAUCAGCUCGCCAUCCACCCGCAACCCCAUCACGAAGGCCCGAAGAAAGCCUCCGACUAA